AUGAGAGAAAUAGUCCACAUUCAGGGAGGCCAGUGCGGCAACCAAAUCGGUGCCAAGUUCUGGGAAGUAAUCUCGGACGAGCAUGGAAUCGACCCGACCGGAACCUACAAUGGCGACAGCGAUCUGCAGCUCGAGCGUGUCAACGUAUUUUACAAUGAGGCGACGGGUGGGCGUUUCGUGCCGCGCGCCAUUUUGAUGGAUCUCGAACCUGGAACGAUGGACAGCGUGAGAGCGGGUCCCUUCGGUCAGCUCUUUCGUCCCGAUAACUUCGUAUUUGGCCAAACAGGCGCGGGGAACAACUGGGCGAAGGGUCACUACACGGAAGGCGCCGAGCUGAUUGAUUCCGUUCUCGAUAUUGUCCGCAAAGAGGCAGAAGGCUGCGACUGCCUGCAGGGAUUUCAGAUCACACACAGUUUAGGCGGAGGCACAGGAAGCGGCAUGGGCACUCUUCUGAUCAGUAAAGUCCGCGAGGAGUACCCGGACCGCAUUAUGGAAACCUUCAGCGUGUUUCCCUCCCCCAAAGUCUCAGACACGGUGGUCGAGCCAUACAACGCGACCCUUUCUGUGCACCAGCUCGUUGAAAACGCAGAUGAAGUCCAGGUCAUCGACAAUGAAGCACUGUACGAUAUUUGCUUCCGAACACUGAAACUGACCACACCAACGUAUGGGGACCUUAACCACCUCGUGAGCGCUGCCAUGUCGGGCGUCACGUGCUCCCUCCGCUUCCCCGGGCAGCUGAAUAGCGACCUGCGGAAGCUGGCUGUAAACCUGAUUCCGUUUCCGCGUCUCCACUUCUUCCUUAUCGGCUUUGCUCCGCUUACUAGCCGAGGAAGUCAGCAGUACAGGGCACUGACCGUACCCGAGCUCACACAGCAGAUGUUCGACGCCAAGAAUAUGAUGUGCGCGUCAGACCCCCGCCAUGGACGAUACUUAACUGGGUGUGCCAUGUUUCGCGGCCGGAUGUCCACAAAGGAAGUGGACGAACAAAUGCUCAAUGUGCAGAACAAGAAUUCGUCCUACUUUGUCGAAUGGAUUCCCAAUAACAUGAAAUCCAGUGUAUGCGACAUCCCCCCCAAAGGGCUCAAAAUGUCAGUCACCUUUGUCGGGAACUCCACUGCUAUCCAAGAGAUGUUCAAGCGUGUGUCCGAGCAGUUCACUGCCAUGUUCCGCCGCAAGGCUUUCUUGCAUUGGUAUACUGGAGAAGGAAUGGACGAGAUGGAGUUCACAGAAGCGGAGUCGAACAUGAACGACCUGGUCUCCGAAUACCAACAGUACCAGGACGCCACUGCGGAAGAGGAAGGAGAAUUCGACGACGAGGAAGGGGUUGGUGAGGGCGAAGGCGCCGAGUAG